AUGGCCUCCAGGGAUUUGGUCAUAGGAGUGAUCUUCUUAGUCCAGACCAUGAUUGGAACCUUGGGGAAUUUCUCUCUUCUUUACUAUUAUCUCUUCCUUUCCUUCACUGGGUGCAGAUUGAGGCCCGCAGAUAUGAUUGUUAAACACCUGAUUGUGGCUAACUCCUUAUCCCUCCUCUGUAAAGGAGUCCCCCAGACAAUGGCAGCUUUUGGGUGGAACAAUUUUCCAAGUGAUUUCGGAUGCAAACUUCUUUUCCAUCUUCACAGAAUAGGCAGGGGUGUGUCCAUAGGCAGCACGUGUCUCCUGAGCGUCUUCCGGGCCAUCACAAUCAGCCCCAGGAACUCAAGCUGGGCAAAACUUAAAAGGAAAGCUCUCAAGCACAUUGACCUCUCUAUAUUCCUGUGCUGGACCCUCUACAUGCUGGCCAACAUCCUUUCUCCUGUCUACGUAACUGGCAAAUGGAGUAACAGGAGCAUCUCCAUGAAAAAGGAUUUGGGAUACUGUUCUGGGACAAGUAAUAACAAAAUCACACAAUUGGUACAAGCAGCACUGUUAUCCUUCCCUGAUGCUUUAUGUUUAGGACUCAUGAUCUGGGCCAGCAUCUCCGUAGUUUUUAACCUCUUAAGAUACAAGCAGUGGGUCCAGCACAUUCACAGGAACAUCUCCAGAAUUUUCCUUGACAUGAGGGCUACCCAAAGCAUCCUUAUCUUGGUAAGCACCUUCGUAAUUUUUGCUCUCUCUUCUACCUUUUCAUUUGAUUUGGCUCUUUCUGAAAAUCCCAGUUGGUGGCUGCUGAACCCCUCUGCCCUGAUCACUCCAUGUUUUCCAACAAUCAGCCCUUUUGUUCUCUGGAGCCAUGACCUUAUUGUGUCCAGGGAAUGUGCCGGCCCUCAGCCCUCGCAGCCCAAGGCCGGGCUGGAACAGGAGCGCAGCCCAGCGAAUAGGGAGCAGAAGUGCCCCGCCCCGCAGCGCAAGCGCACGCGCGCUUUCCUGCAGACCCGGAAGCGGAUCACGCGGAGCAACGGGCGCGCUCGGGUCGUCCCUAUCGCCUCUCGUGGCAUCGCCAUAAGACGUUCCGAGUCCUGUCGCUCGGUGCGGGACCCGGGAGUCUGCGUUCGUUUCUGGUUAAAAUCGCUCUGA